CGUGUUUCCGGCAGGCAGCAUGGCGGCAGCGGCCAGUCAGGCUUCCCUGGACUCGGCGCCGCGCAUCCUGCGGCUGGUGGCGGAAUGCAGCCGCUCCCGAGCCCGGGCGGGCGAACUGCGGCUGCCGCACGGAACGGUGGCCACCCCGGUGUUCAUGCCCGUGGGCACGCAGGCCACCAUGAAGGGCAUCACCACGGAGCAGCUGGACGCCCUGGGCUGCCGGAUCUGCCUGGGCAACACUUACCAUCUGGGGCUGCGGCCGGGCCCCGAGCUCAUCCAGAAGGCGCACGGCCUGCACGGGUUCAUGAACUGGCCCCACAACCUGCUGACGGACAGCGGUGGCUUCCAGAUGGUGUCCCUGGUGGCCCUGUCCGAGGUGACGGAGGAGGGCGUCCGCUUCCGCUCGCCCUAUGAUGGCGAGGAGACCCUUCUGAGCCCUGAGAGGUCGGUGGAGAUCCAGAAUGCGCUGGGCUCUGACAUCAUCAUGCAGCUGGACGACGUGGUCAGUAGCACCGUGACGGGCCCACGCGUGGAGGAGGCCAUGCACAGGUCCGUGCGCUGGCUGGACCGGUGCAUUGCUGCCCAUCAGCGGCCAGACCAGCAGAACCUGUUCGCCAUCAUCCAGGGAGGCCUGGACGCAGCCCUCCGCACCACCUGCCUUGAAGAGAUGACCAAGAGGGACGUGCCCGGCUUCGCCAUCGGGGGCCUGAGUGGGGGCGAGAGCAAGGCGCAGUUCUGGCGAAUGGUGGAGCUGAGCACGUCACGGCUGCCCAAGGACAAGCCCCGCUACCUGAUGGGGGUCGGCUAUGCCACGGAUCUCGUGGUCUGCGUGGCCCUGGGGUGUGACAUGUUUGACUGCGUGUACCCCACGAGGACAGCGCGCUUCGGCUCCGCCCUCGUGCCCAGUGGGCACCUGCAGCUGAAGAAGAAACAGUUCCAGAAGGACUUCGGCCCCGUAGACCCCGACUGUUCGUGCCCCACCUGCCGGAAGCUGACCCGCGCCUUCCUGCAUGCCUUGCUGCACAGCGACAAUACGACCGCCCUGCACCACCUCACGGUCCACAAUAUCGCCUACCAGCUGCGGCUGAUGAGCGCCGUGCGUGCCAGCAUCGUGGAACAGCGCUUCCCCGAGUUCGUCCGGGACUUCAUGCGCACCAUGUACGGGGACCCCACGCUCUGUCCCCCCUGGGCCGUCGACGCCUUGGCCUCCGUGGGCAUCACCCUGGCUUGACCUGGGGCUGGAAGAUUACCAAGCAGCUUUUUGUUUUUAAU